AUGUCUGCCUACUACAGGAAUAGAAGCUAUGAGGAGGAUUCAGGUUACCCUCCCUACGCAGGCUCUCAGAACCACAGGAGGGGGCUUUCAAACACUCAGGAUUCUCCAGGUUUUCAAGAUCCUCCGAAUAUUUUAGAUUAUCCCAGUUCCAGGAAUACUUCCUUCUCUGCAGGUUCCAGAGCAAGUCCAGAGUAUCCUAGAGCUCUGCCUGAGCCUGAUUACAUUGCCUCUGAGAACAGUCCGUACCACCCAGACUCGCCUCAACGGUCAGGAUAUGGUGGAGCUCAGCGAAAUCCCAAUUUCACAGGUUCCAGAAACAGUGGAAACUACAAAGGCUCUAGAACAAGCCCAGAUUACCUUGACUCCCUGGGAGAACCAGACUACCCUGGGGCCCAGGGCACCUUCAGCUCUCCGGGCCCCAGAGCCAGUUCCAACCUUCCAGGCUCCAGAAGGAAUUUACACUAUGCUCAUUCCAGAGUCAGCCCGUAUACAGAAUCGCUUCUGGGACAACCUGAUUAUCCAGGGGCUGAGACUGAACCCCGUUCUUCACACUUCUUCGGGGAACCAGACUCUCAUGGUGCUGAGAAUUUCCAGAACUCUCCAGACUUUUGGGGAAACCCUGAUUACCCAGGUGCUGAAGAUGGUCAUCAUUAUGGCACUUCUGAAAGCCUGGAAGCAAGCAGACGGUACGUGCUCAUCAGAACAUCUUCAAUUCAGCCCUCUUUUCAUUGCAGUGGUAAUGGCCCCUUGGGCAUGGUUGGUGGAAACCAUGAAGAUUAUCCUGACACUGUUGAAAUGGUAGCUGUGGGAACGGCAAGUCUGGAUGGCCUCCUACUGGGUGCUCCUGGAAGUGGCUAUGUGAAUACUGCUUUUGUGGGUGAAGGUAGCCCCCUCUGUGCUUAUGGAAACCCACCGCUGACUGGAUCUGACUGGUGCAAGUCACCCCAAGGACAAAAGUUAAUUGCAUCUCUGAUUCCCAUGACAUCUAGAGACAGAAUUAAAACCAUUAGGAACCAGCCACGGACCAUGGAUGAGAAGAGGAACCUGAGGAAAACAGUCGACAAGGAGAAGAGUAAGCAAUCCAAUCGUGUCCUUGAGUUCAAUUGCUGUGCACAAUGUCUGAACUCCCUUUCUCUGGGUUACCGGAGAUCCAAGAGCAACCUGUCGGAGCUCCUCAACUCCAUCAGCUUGUGGCAGAAGACGCUCAAGGUCAUUGGAGGCAAAUUCGGAACGAGCGUCCUAUCCUAUUUCAACUUCCUGCGGUGGCUCUUGAAGUUCAACAUCUUCUCCUUCAUCUUGAACUUCAGUUUCCUCACAAUCCCUCAGUUCACUGUGGCUGAGAAGAACACCCUGCAGUUCACUGGGCUGGAAUUCCUCACGGGGGCGGGUUAUUUUAAGGACACGGUGCUGUACUACGGCUAUUAUACCAAUUCCACCAUCCAGCACGGGCACGGCGGGGUCUCCUACAACAUGCCGCUGGCCUACAUCUUCACCAUCGGGGCCUGUUUGAUCACCUGCUUCUUCAGCUUGCUCUUCAGCAUGGCCAAGUAUUUUCGGAACAAUUUCAUCAACCCUCACAUUUACUCCAGAGGCAUCGCAAAGCUCAUCUUUUGCUGGGACUUCACCGUCACUCACGAAAAGGCCGUCAAGCUUAGGCAAAAGAAUCUCAGCACGGAGAUCCGGGAGAACCUGUCUGAGAUCCGACAGGAGAACGCCAGGUUCACGUUUCACCAGCAGCUGACUCGCUUCUCUGCUCAUGUGGUCGCCUGGGUGGUCUCCACUGGCAUGGCCGUGGCCUGCUGCGUGGCCGUCUACUACCUGGCCGAGUACAACUCAGAGUUCCUGAAGACGCACAGGAACCCCUGGGCGGUACUGCUGCUGCCAUUCGUGGUGUCCUGCAUCAACCUGGUGGUGCCGCGCUUCUACUCCAUGUUCAGGCUGGUGGAGCGCUAUGAGAUGCCGCGGCAUGAGGUCUACACUCUCCUCAUCCGAAACAUCUUCCUGAAAAUGUCCAUCAUUGGAAUUCUUUGUUACUAUUGGCUCAACAUCGUGGCCCUGUCUGGAGAGGAGUGUUGGGAGACCCUCAUCGGCCAGGAAAUCUACCGGCUCCUUCUGAUGGAUUUCGUGUUCUCUGUAGCAGAUUCCUUGCUGGGAGAGUUUCUAAGGAGAAUCAUCGGAAUGCGGUUUAUCACGAGUCUUGGCUUACAGGAGUUUGACAUUGCCAGGAACGUUCUAGAACUGAUCUAUGCACAAACUCUGGUGUGGAUUGGAAUCUUCUUCUGCCCUCUGCUGCCCUUUAUCCAAAUGAUUUCUCUUUUCAUCAUGUUUUACGUCAAAAAUAUCAGCCUAAUGAUGAAUUUCCAGCCACCCAGCAAAGCCUGGCGGGCCUCACAGAUGAUGACCCUCUUCAUCUUGCUGCUCUUUUUCCCAUCCUUCACCGGAGUCCUGUGCACCUUGGCCAUCACCAUCUGGAGAUUGAAACCAUCUGCUGACUGUGGGCCCUUUCGAGGCCUGCCUUUCUUCAUUCACUCCAUCUACAGCUGGAUCGACACCCUAAGCCGAAGGCCUGGCUACCUGUGGGUGGUUUGGAUCUAUCAGAACCUCAUUGGAAGUGUGCACUUCUUCUUCAUCCUCACUCUUAUUGUGCUAAUCAUCACCUAUCUUUACUGGCAGAUCACGGAGGGAAGAAAAAUAAUGAUUAGGCUUCUCCAUGAGCAGAUUAUUAACGAAGGCAAAGAUAAGAUGUUUCUGAUAGACAAGUUGAUCAAACUCCAGGAUACAGAGAAGAGAGCAAACCCCAGCUCACUCAUUCUGGAAAGGAGAGAGGUGGAGCAUCAAGACCCUUUGCACUUUGGGGACCGUGAAGCUACUCCUGACCUGCGGUACAGGCGAUCUGCUCCGGAGGACAGACCGAAGCCCCGAUGAUUGCUUCAAUAGCCAUGUGCCAAUCAAAGCAGGAAAAAAAGCAAAAGUGGAACAACUGUCUUUGUGAUACCUGAGCCUUUAGGGACUUAACCAAGAAAGGGAAGUUUAAGUCUUUAGCCAGUAGCAGAACCUGACUGUGAAGUAAAUACACCUGGAUUGCUGAGUUUCCAAAACAAAAAUGUUGGAGUUUUUCAAUAAAGACAGUUAUCAUAUUGAGACAAGCUUGUAAAAAUCUGGGAUGAAAGUUACCUGGGGCAUGACACAUUUUAUUGCUGAAAGAUGUGUGGGUCAGUGAUUGGUCCUUAGGAAUUUUGCUUCCCAGGCCUUCCAGACAGGACAACGGCUUAGAUUCCAGAAAAGCUAAACUUGAAUCAACAUGGGAUCCUCAACCAUGGACUUCCUGAAAUCUGUGACCUGCAGAACCUGCAUUUGUUUCAUUUGUGACGUGGAACUAAAAACAUCCCCUUGUCAUCCUCAAGUUCUCCUUUCUGUGUUCUGGCAUGCACAGCACCUCCAUCUUUGGGGUUCAGUUGGGGUAGGGUGGAAUGGGAGACUCUGCCUUUAGAAGGUAGGUGCGCAAUCACUGAUGCUUUAUAUUGGACCAAACAUGGAAGCAGCUGUGAUGGUGUG